CAAGUGAGGCUCGAAUCCAAGGCGCUCAGGUGGAGACCAGUGCAAUGUCACAAGGUGUUUUGCUGGUUGACACCAUCCAGACAUGUGCGCUCAUCACAAGCCAUUUGAUGAACCAUGAAGAGCUAGCGAUGGAUGUGGAAGGCAUCGACUUAUGCCGGACAGGAUCAAUUGCCCUGAUCCAGUUGUGCUCGAAGAGUGGAAAGGUCAUGCUGUUUGACAUCGCUGCCAUGGGCCAAGCUGCCUUUGAUGCGGGGGGUCUGCGAGCAGUCUUGGAAUCUCCGCACAUUUGCAAGGUGGUGUAUGAUGGCAGAGCAGAUGCUGAUGCUCUCUACCAUCGGCAUCGAGUCCAAAUCCACCAUGCCUUUGAUCUGCAAGUUCAACAUGCCUUGCGCAACAGUCGCAGCGGUGACAGGUAUGUGAAGGGUCUGCAGAAGUGUCUCAGCGAUGCUGGAGUGGUGCCCUUGAUGGAACGAGCCCGGCUUGAACGCCUCAAGGAGGAAGGAAGGCGGCUCUUUGCUCCCGACCAUGGAGGUCGCUACAGUGUGUGGAUGGAACGGCCGCUUCGGCAGGCCCUGGUGGACUAUGCCGCAGCUGACGUCAAGUACCUCCUUCCAGUGAAGGCCAUGUGGAGUGGAUCCUCCUCGCAGGCGGUUUUGCGUGUCACACAAGCCCGUUUGCAAGGUGCCGUGAAUGCUUCAGUUCCGGCAAAGGGCCAGCACAUGAGCGAGCGCGAUUUCUCACUGGGCUUGAGUGCACAAUAUCUCGGAAGAGCAGCAGUCGAGAAACCACGCUGUUUCGAAUGUGGCAGUACUGGGCACAUGGCUAGGUCCUGUCCGGUUCGCAUUGGCAUUGGUCGUUUGAAUCGAUUUGAUGAUUUUGAUCCUUUCGAUGAUUAUGAUCGUUUUGACGACUACGAUUAUGAUGAUGGGCCCCAUGGAUUUCGCGACAUCGCCCCAGAUGGCUACAUUGAUUCCUCUGGAAAUGAGUGGUAGGAAUUCCGUUCUCUGCUGUGUACAUCUUUGUGUACAGCCAUGUUCCAAGAGAGUUGGCAGCCGACGUGGGCAGCAGUGUCCCAAAUUUGAGAGCUGCUCUUUAGUGCUGCCGGAAGCUCAAAUUUUCCUUCUUACAGCGUUGGGAAUCUGAAAGUGUACAGCUUCUUACAGUUUCUUUCUUGGCGCGGAUGAGAGAUUCACGAAGUGCAGGAACAGGUUUGGCUUCGUAGAAUCUAGUUGCGCAGCUUCAGCUUCCAACAGCCGCACAGAUGGCCGCAAAAA